UUUACAAGAUUUUGCGUUAUAAUGUUAUACCGAUUUGCUGAUACAUCGUAUUCAAAUAAACAUUAUUCUGUAACUAUGAAAUUUAUGAUUCUGUGCGUGUUUAAGGUUAAGUGCGAUGUAUUGUGCUAAAAAACUGUAACACUAACUUACAAAUAGUACUACAUUGAAAAUAUAUACCUCAACAAAAAACUAAUUUAUCUGCCAGUAACCUGUCAUAUUUAUGUAUUAUUGACACUUAAAAAGUAAUAAUCAUCAACAAUGGCUUCUGACAAGUCUCUCAAUUCGAACCACACACUUCCAACGAACGUUAAGAUAAAAGUGGAACCCGGAACAUCGAUGCCUGUACCUGUAAGGAACAUUAAAACUGAACCUGGCGUGUCAGCCAGUACAACUAGGUUGACUUCGUUUCGCUUGCCAAGAGACUUAACGUUAGGUGGCAACAUUAAAACGGAGAAAUCUAAAAAACAGUACACACCAAAUUUAAAUGCUCAGAGGACAAAAAAGAAAGAAGAUGCAACACCAACUGAUUCUGCAAAACCAGGUAGAGUUAAGGAUGGUAGAGGACGUGGCAGAGGAGACAGAGGUGGCAGAAAUGACAGAGGACGUGGAAGAGGAAACAAUUUAAUACAAUCUAGUGGUAUUUGGUCCACUGGAAUAAAUAGUACACCAGGAAAACGUGGUAGUGGUGGUGGUUAUAGAGAUAGCGAAAGAAGUCCUCAAGCAUCCUUGGAAAAGCCAAAAUUAGACUUAAAUCGGAGUGUUGAUAAAGCUGAGGAAGAAGAAAAAUUGAAAUUAUUGUUGAGAGAUGACUUUAUUGAUGAUGGAGAUCCUGCAGAUUCUGACAAUGGACCUGUUACGCUGCCAAUGAUCAAAGAAGCAAAAUUACACAAAGAAGAAACUAAAGCACACAUUGAAGAAGAAAUAGAUAGAAAACCAAUUAUUUUAGAGAAUGGAGAGGUAUUACCACCAAAAAAGGAAGUUAAAGUUAAGAUGCCAAAGUCCAUUGUUGACCCAAAGGAAGAGGUGGAUAAUAUCCCACAAAUGAUUGAAAAUAAGUCAAAUUCUUAUAUCUUAAUACAGUUUCCAGAUUGCCUACCUGGUUUUGUGGGUAGUGCUGAAGACACUAGAGCACCUCGCCCUAACACUUCAAAUCAGGAGAAAGAAAACGAAAUUAAUUCACAAACAGAUUUUUGUACCCUAAACAGUUUGAAACCUGGUAUUUUAGGUAAAUUACAAAUCUUAAAGUCUGGCAAAACACGAUUAGUCCUGGGUGAAAACAAUUUGAUUGUGGACGUGGGAUCGCAUCUCAGCUUUCGUCAAGAUUUAAUGGCUGCAAAAGUGGAUACUGAAACAUUAAAUGGUGAUCUAAUCAAUCUUGGUCCAGUCAGUAAUACGCUUAUAUGUUCCCCUGACUGGGAAUCCAUGUUGGCCAAGUUGUAAAUACAUAAUUCAAACUAUGUGUAUGAAUUUAUAACAUGUUCCUUAUUGUAAAAAACACAUGAAAUGGAUAGAUUGAUUUAUACAAUAUUUAAAAUACAAAACAGUUUUUCUGAAAAUUGUGUAUUUUCAACACUACCAUGUAUGUAAAAUAGGCUGUGUCGCGUACAAAUUCAGCAGUCACUCUGAAACGUAAAUAAAUUCUUCAGUGGAUAAUGAUUAAAAAUUUUUGUAUAAUUUAGAUGU